AUGGUUACUCCCGAGGCCACGUCUUUUCAAAGAGGUUCAUGCGGAUAUGAAUACCCCGCGAGUCUAUACCUCCUUGGGCUCGUACCCCGGAACAAAUCGUCUCUUCUCUUAGGUCAUCUUUUCGUCUCAUAUAUACAACUAUACCCACACUCUUUCGACUUUGCCAGGUUUGUAUGACCGCCGCAUUGUGAUAUAUACUACUUAUUGCGGGAUUAGGUGCUUUCUUCUCUGUAUAUACUUCUAUACGCACACGCUGUUCUUAGAUACGACUCUUUACGAAAUUGC